ACGUUUCUAUCAAGGAAAAGUGGUUAGGAAAGGAGGUAGGAGACCACUGAGUGUAUGUGGACGUGAAGGGCUUUUAUUGUGAAAUGUAGGGUAGGGAAAAGCUGUUCCGCACAUGCGCGGUAGAGAUCCUGCGUGAGCAGAGACUAGUCAGUUUAAUAAGUUUGAUGAUUUGUUUAAAAUACAGAACAAAAGUAAACAAAGUUGGACGGCAGGGCAUCAUGGCGGCUUUAUGAACGUAAGAGGCGGGAACACGGGGGGCGACGGUCAGAGGGAGGACAUCAACAGGAGGAGGACCGGAAGCUGUUUGAAAGCCGUGAGCGGGAGUUUGUCAGCAGGGGGAGAAACCGGCACCCGGAGCGAAGACAUGGACCCCCUGCAGGAGCUCCUGGACCGGGUCAAGCCCAGCACCGAGGCGGAGUCCCUGUGGUUAAAGAACAUCUUCACCUUCAUUUCUGAACACUUGAGUCCUGUGGUGUGUAGCUCCGCCCCCUCGCAGACAGGUAACCACGGUGACCUCAGCCUCUUCGAUCUGAGCAUGUGUGCGGUGCAGGCGAUCCAGCAGCAGAUGUGUGUGGCCCACAGCUUACCUGUCAGCUACAGGCUGCUGUCCGUCUCCGAGCUCGUCUCCCAGCAGCACCUGGCCUGCGUCAGCAACCUGUCUUGGAGCACCAAUCAGCAGAGAGCCUGGGAAAGGGAGGCGGAGCUCGCCGUGCCGGGUCAGAGGGCGCUGCCGAGGGUCAACCUGCUGCUGAUUGGCUGUCUGAGAGAAGGCCGUGACGGAGAGUACAGGCUGACGGACGCCAGCGGCAGCGUCAUGUGUGAGUGCCUGUCUCUCUCGCCCCUGUGGCUCGAUCGUCCCGUUUUCCUCCCUCACUGGAACUACAUUCCCCACAAUGCAUCGGGCCAGGAAGAGGCCGCAGGCUUCUUGGAGCUGAUUGGCUCCCCUGUCCUGUUGUGUCCUGGUGCUGAGCAGGGAUUGGCUGCUGCUCCUGGAAGGGUGGAGCUAAGCGGAGUGGUGGGAGUCGGAGAGGCCGGCAGGCUGCUGAGGCACAGGGUCAAAGGUCAGCGGCUGAGCGUGUUCGGAGAGGUGGGCUCAGUCUGCCCUCUGCUGGCCGUGGCAGGAACGACUUUCUUUUGCUUCACGCUGACGGAUGAGUCGCGCUCGCUGCCCGUGCUCGUACAGGACAGCAGCCGGCUCAGCUGGAUUCAGCGUGUGUGUGUCGGGCAGAGCGUGUGUGUGACAGCUCUACGUGUGUGUGCGCUACGAGGCUGGAAAGGAAACAACAUCCUGUGUGUGACGAAGUGCUCCGAGCUCCACGCCGACUACACGCACACACAGGAACACACACAGGAACACACACACUCUGAGUCCCUGCUGCUGAUGUCACAGCCUGCUGAGGACGACUGUGAGGAGGCGGAGCAUGAGGAGGUGGAGCUGGACCAAUCAGCUGUGAGGAUAAAGCAAUCCAAAAUCAUCAGCUACCAGGGCGUGGUGACUGAAGUUGUGAGUGAGGGGGCGGGGCUCUACGUGCUGGAUGGGAAGGUGGGUCUGUGCGUGGCCUAUCAGCCGGCGGCGAAGAGGAAGCUGAGGGCGGGAGACAGAGUGGAGUUGCAUCACGCCCACUUCCUGUACCGGCCUUGCCCGGACUUCCCUCCCAGCAUGCUUUGCACCUGCCUGCGCUCCAGCCUGAGGGUGACGGCCUUCAGCAGGGCGGCAGGGUCGCCACCCGACAACCGCUGCCCGGGAGAUGGGGCGUUACCACGGUUACUGCUGCAGAAAAACACAGAUGUGUCCAAUUACCUGUGGACGUGUCACCUAAGCUCGCAGCUGGCACACAGUCUGGUCCAAGGUGUGUGGAGGCAGCAGUGUGUGUGCUUGCUGUCCUGGAGGCUGAUGGAGACUCAGAGCAGGGCUGGAGGACGAGGAUGCAGAGACAUCUACUCUGAGAUGCUGGACGAGCCUCACACCUGUCCUGUGACUCAGUACAGCGUGUCCUCAGCGGUCCGUCAGUACCUCGGUGUGUCGGAGCUCCUGGAGUCCCUGCAGACUGACUGCUGGUCUUCGGCCCCUCUGAGCUCUCUGCUGCCCCCUGAUGGCUCCAACCUGACCUCCUCCCAGAUCAACGGCUUCCUGUCCUGGUCUUGCAGGACUCUGUCCUCCGAGCCUUGGGGUGGAGACGCUGUCAGGCAGCGCCCCGUGCUGCUGGUCGGCGUGCUGGAGCUGCCGUCACAGACGUCUGAGUUCAAACACUCGAUGCAGCUCAGAGACGCCACGGGAGCUGCAGCCUGCGUGCUGACAGAGAGCAGCGAGGAGGAGGAGGGAGCGCAGAGGGCGGUCUUUAACAGCGCCUGGAUCGGUUGUCUGGUGGGUGUGGUGCAGUUCACCAUGGUGACAGAGAGAUUCCUCCAAUCAGAUUUCCCCUCCUACCAACACCUGGACCAGGACAGGUUCAUCACACACAAACACUGCAGGGUUUACCUUCAGCUCUCUCUGGACCACCUGCACAUCCUGAGUCCAUCUGUUGCCAUGGAGACACACCUGAGACACAAGGGGGAGGAACCAGGAGGGGACGUCACUGCCAAGAAGCAGACAGUAGAAGAAGAAGAAGAGACUGCUGGGAGUAAGAGGAAGAGAAGAGAAGAAGAAGAAGCAGACUCCGGCAACCCCUGGCCCUGUGUCUCCAUGGUGAUCAGGGUGGAGCAGAAGGAGGGUGUGUCCUGGAGGAAUACAGGGGCGAAGGCAGAGGAUCAGGAGGCAGGGCUGAGACUGUGCUUCUCAGCGAAAGCUGCUGUGAUUGGUCCAGUGGUCAGCUGGAGGCGGGACCCAAAGAAUGAACCAAUGACAGAGAAAGAAAGUGAACAAAAGCAGGAGAGAAAGGUGGUGCUGGUGUUCUCAGGUGUGUGUACGCGGUGGUUUCCUGUCCUCCAGCCUGGAUGUUUCUACAGACUCAUCGCCGCUAACACUCAGGAUCCCAGUGUUUUGAUUGGCUGUGGAGUUUCUGGGCGCAGUGGGGUGGAUCUCCACGCUGAGUCAACCCUACAAGUCAGACGUGGUUGGAGAUUCCACACUCUGACACGCCCACUGCUGCUGCCCACCUGCAGACAGGCCGUCCCACCCACAGUCUUGUCUGUCUCAGAGGUCUUAGACUGCAGCUCAGAGCUGGUGUGUUUUCAGGGUGUGGUGUCUGAAAGGAUCAGUGUGAACAACAGGACUGCCCACUCUGGACACACACACUCAGGUGUGCGUCUCACUCUUUGUGACCAAGCUGGGAGGAGUCUGCAGGUGUACCUGGACUUAAGCCACACCCCCUACCCACCUGGCCUGUUGCCGGGUAACACUCUGCUGUUGUCUGGUUUCCAGAGGAGGCUGUCCAGGACAGGAAGUGUGUACUGCACGUACUUACCUGUCAGCUCGAUAACUGUGGUCUCCCUGGGAGACACCAGUUCGGCCCAGCCUCCUCCUCCUGCUCCCAUCAUGCACCUGGGUGAGUGGGCUCUGAGCAGCAAGCAGAGGUGCACUGUGGGACAGGUCAAAGGUCACGUGGUGUGUUUCCUGUUCCUGCAACUGCAGUGGAGCUGCUCGCUGUGUGGCAGCGUGUACACACAGGGCUGCAGCAGCUCUCAGUGUCACUCGACCUCGUCAGUGUUUCAGUCCAAAGCAAAGCUGGUGAUUGAUGACGGGACAGGUGAGGCUCACGUCUGGUUCUCAGCUGCUCUGGUUCGUGCUCUGCUGGGAUUGGCUGACGCUCAGUGGGAGGGGCUUCAGAGAGCACUCAGGGUCAGAGGUCACAUCAGAGUCUUCCCUCGUGGGCAGAGCCAGGUGUGUGACGGGGACGCUGACGACUUCCUCCUCCACUUCCUGUUGUGUCUGUGCAGCAGUGAUGUCAUGAUUCGGCCGCUCAGCCUCACCUGCAGGAAACGCACCAACCAGAGACCAGAAGAGGUGAGAAGGUUUACUCGAGGAGACAGAGAGUUCCUGACCAGACUGGCUCCUCCCCUUCAGCUCACCUGUCUGCACCUCCACCCUGACUGAGCUCCACCUGCUUCGUUCUGAUUUUAUCUGUUCUACGUGUUCGUACAAAUAAAACUUUAUUGUUCCUCCUCCUGUCACACGGUAUCUCACCUUCACUGACCCUAACGCUGGUGAUCAGGGUCAGAGGUCACACGAAGCUCUCUGGGUUUAACCUCACACGAAAGGGGCGGAGCUGUCAUCAUCACACAGGGGCCUAUAACAGGUCAUGUGACCCUUCUACAGGAAGUGAUGCCUGUGAGUGGCGCCCACAUCAGAGACGUUCUCAGAUGGUGAUUCAUAAAACCUGCACCAGUAAAAUCUGACAGUAGAAGGAUGAUGAGUGAAACUGGUUAAUCUGGUGUUUGUGGCACAGAGCGGGACAAUAAAGGUUUGACCUCCACUGUGUGACACGUGUACCUGAACAGGUGUGCUGCGUGACACGUGUGGCUCUGGGUCAGGUGUAACUCCCACAGCCGGCCUGUAGUUCAGAUUCUCUCUGUGUUUGUGAAGUAAAACUAAACACUGUGAACGUGUUUCAGUUUCUUUACAGACGUCAGACGGUGAAAGCUUCAGCCUGACCAGGAAACAAUCAGUCUGCUUUAAAUCACACUUACUGUAAAAUUCAUUUCUCCUCACCUUCAUGUGUUUUGUAUUAUUUGAUCUUAUACUGAAAGAGUUCAUCCAUCGACACAUUUUAAUCCUGCAACCUUUCACCGUGUUAGUUUGUCAUAAAUUGAACUAUUUUAGGUUAAAUGAUUUCAGUUCAUCUUUCCAAUAAAGCUGGCAGCUCUGAAACAAC